UUUAUUUGCUUUGGAAUGUGGGUCACAUUUGGUACUGUUUUUACUAAAGUUGUUACUGUGAUUCUUUUGCCUUUAAAUUGAACUGCAUCUGGAGGCCUUAAAUGGGGGUGUGGUAAGGGAGGGACUGGUAGGGAAGGAAGUGGGUGUUACAUCUUCGUUGGAGUUUUAUCAUAUUUGUUUGCAGUUUGUUUGCAGAGGAGUAAGCAGCUAUGGCUAUGGCCUUCAGAAUGGCAACUACUGGCAUGAAUGUGUCAGAUGACUGCAAAAGCAUGUUUUUGGAGCUGAAGCGUAAGAAAGUGCACCGAUACAUUGUUUUCAAGAUAGAUGAAAAAACUAAACAAGUCUUGGUUGACAAAACUGGAGGUGCAGCAGAAAGCUAUGAUGAUUUCAUGGCAUCCCUACCAGACAAUGACUGCAGAUAUGCGGUCUUUGAUUUCGAUUUUGUAACUGUUGACAACUGCCAGAAGAGCAAGAUAUUCUUCAUUGCCUGGUCUCCUGCUGCAUCCCGUAUCAGGGCAAAGAUGCUUUAUGCUACCUCUAAAGACAGACUUAGGAGGGAGCUUGAUGGUGUUCACUAUGAGUUGCAGGCCACAGAUCCCACUGAGAUGGACAUUCAUGUCAUUAGGGACCGUGCCAAUUAGAAUGCAGGAAAAGUGCAGGAGUCUCAAGAUCUAAGCUUAUAAAAAGAGUGACAUAUCACUCCAGACAUCUAAAGAAGAUCUUUCCAGCAUGGCAUCUGCAAGGAAACUGCCAUUUUUGCUUUUACUGAUUGUGUCACUUUUCCUAUUUUGCUUCUGUGAACAAGCAUAGUACCGCAUGUUUUAUCAUCUGAACACUUGGUUUGGUUCAGUACAUUCUACCGUAAUCUCUAAUAUGUAUGCCACCUUAGAGAGCAGAGAACACAGAUAUAGAGGCUCUGCUGUUUUGAACGUCAUAUGAUGGCAAAGAUUCAGCUCAAAGCUUGGCUUUGUUCUGAUGGCAUGUUUAAAAGCUUUUGAACUACAAACGAUCAGUUUAUAAAUAAAUUGUGUGAUAAGUUGGUGAGCAUAUUUGGGGUUACAGAAUCAGAUUGCCCUUAUAAAAAAACCCAAAGUAGUGACACUCUUCCUUCAGUGUGCAUUUUUAAAAUGGACUGGUUAUGUUAUAUGGAAUGACUUUAUAUGAAUGUACUUGGUUUCCUUAAACAAUUAUGGUAUCGAAUAAGAGUUACUUGUUUGUGUUCA